AUGGCCGAGUCCAAGAAGCGGAAAGCCGUGACCAGAGAUGUCGACGAAGACGCCGCCGUGGUGUCUGGGGACGAAUUCGACUUUGCACAUUUGGACGGGACCCUCGCGGACGACGAUUCUGCCAGUGACAGUGACGAAGACGAACUGAGCAGUGGAGCCGAAGAUGAGAGCGAUGCAGUGUCUGUAGGGACUGCAGAAUCAGCGCCACAAGAAGGUGAUGGUGGUGGUGAUGGCGAAUUGCUCAAACCUAAAAAGAAAACACAUGCCAAAAAUGUUAGAGAGGUGGACAUUGGUGUCGAGAAUGUGGCCGAUACAUCUGAUGAGGAGGAACCCAACUACGAGGUCGUGAAAGAUGCGAAUGGGAACGACAGAUACAUCUAUCCCGAGAUCGACCCUGGCGAAGAUUCGGACUAUUCGGUGCCAGACCACGAAGCCAACACGAUUGGGAAUAUUCCUCUGUCGUUCUAUGACUCCUACCCUCACAUUGGUUACAAUAUCAACGGGAAGAAGAUCAUGAGGCCGGCUCGAGGAGAAGCCCUGGAUGCACUCCUUGACAGCAUCGAGAUCCCCAAGGGAUGGACAGGUCUCACAGACCCUGCUACCGGGAAACCGCUGGAGCUCAGCCAACAGGAACUGGAACUGCUGAAGAAGGUACAAAUGAACGAGGUUGCGGCGGACGGAUACGACCCGUACGAGCCCACAGUCGAGUGGUUCACCAGCAAAACGGAGAUCAUGCCUCUUAGCUCUGCUCCAGAACCCAAAAGGCGGUUUGUGCCAUCCAAGCACGAGGCAAAGCGAGUCAUGAAACUUGUCCGCGCCAUUCGAGAAGGUCGUAUUCUGCCUUACAAGCCGCCUCAAGAGGAAGAGGAGGAGGAUGAGGGGGUCCAAAAUUAUGAUAUCUGGGCCGACGAACAACCCCGAGCGGAUCAUGCCAUGCACAUGCCCGCCCCGAAACUUCCGCCUCCGGGUUUCGAUGAAAGCUACCAUCCACCGCCGGAAUAUCUUCCAGACAAGAAGGAGAAAGAAGCGUGGGAAAAGGCCGACGAGGAAGAUCGCGAGAAAGACUACUUACCUACAGAUCAUACGUCGUUGCGGAAAGUGCCAGGUUACGAACGGUUCAUCAAGGAGAAAUUCGAGCGAUGUCUGGAUCUGUAUCUUGCACCUCGGGUACGCCGCACGAAGCUCAACAUCGAUCCCGAGUCACUCUUGCCCAAAUUACCGAACCCAGAUGAACUUCGACCUUUCCCCACGCACGAGGCUGGUCGGUUCCAUGGCCACACAGGUCGUGUGCGGUCUCUGGCAAUUGAUCCAUCUGGACUGUACCUCGCCACGGGCGGUGAUGACGGCACGGCCAGAGUCUGGACAUUGCUGCCCCCGCGCGAGAUCUGGUCUGCAAAAUUGACCUCGGACGCCGCGGUCAAUGUCGUUCGGUGGCGACCUGGAAAAGACACUCCUAUCUUGGCUGCCUGUGCCGGGGAAAACAUCCAUCUCUGCGUGCCUCGACUAGGGACUGACUUCAGCACCGAAGCCGACGCUGCCCAGGCGGUCUUGGACGCAGGAUGGGGAUACGCCGCCUCCGAGAGCAGCACGUCCAAGUCCACCAGUGUCAAAUGGAGCCGACCGAGCUCUUCCCAACGGGAUCAGGGUGUGGCUCUGGUCAUCCAUCUCGGCCAUACGGCGAAGACGCUCUCGUUCCAUUCCGGCGGCAACCACUUUGUCACCAUCUGCCCAGCGACCAGUGUCCCAGCCUCACAAGCCAUCGCCAUCCACACCAUCUCCAAACACCAAACACAACUACCGUUCCGCAAGCGACUCAAGGGCGGCGGCACUCCGCAAGUGGCGCACUUCCACCCCAGCAAGCCGGUGCUGUUCGUCGCGAACCAACGCGUCAUUCGGGCGUACGACCUGUCGAAGCAGUCACUGCUGAAGAUCAUCCAGCCGGGGGCUCGCUGGAUCAGCAGCUUCGAUAUCCACCCGACGAGCUCGUCGACCGCGGGCUCGGAUAACCUGAUCGUCGGGUCGUAUGACCGCCGGCUGCUGUGGAUGGACCUGGAUCUCUCGCCGCGGCCAUACAAGACGCUGCGGUUCCACGAGAAGGCCAUCCGCGCGGUGCGCUUCCACCCGGCGACGAACCGUUAUCCGCUCUUCGCCGACGCCAGCGACGACGGUAGCAUCCAGGUCUUCCAUGGCCAAGUCACCAGCGACAUGAUGAGCAAUGCCCAGAUCGUCCCCCUGAAGGUGUUGCGCGGGCACAAGAUUACGGGCGGGUUGGGUGUCCUGGACCUGGACUGGCAUCCCCAGCAUCCGUGGCUCGUCAGUGCCGGAGGCGAUGGGACUUGUCGUCUAUGGGUUUCUUGA